CCGUUCAUUUCUGCCACCUCUACAGUACCUCCCGCUGUCACCACCAAGGUCCCAACAUCAACACCACGUUCAUUCGUCAAGAUGCAGUGGGCCACGCUCGCCGCCGCUGCUCUGCUCGCGCAGAAUGUCGCUGCUCAGGGAAAUAUGCUUCGAUUUGCAUGCUCACAGUUGGUCGUUGAGCGUACGGAUCCCCUCGUCAACCCUGGCAUGAAGUUCACGCCGCAUCUGCAUCAAAUCGUCGGAGGAAACUCCUUCAACGUCACUAUGGAUCCUGCCAUGGACAUGGCUGCUGCUUCCACCUGCACAUCGUGUACUUUCAAGGAGGACACAUCGAAUUACUGGACCGCUGUGAUGUUCUUCCAUCACAAGAACGGAAGCUACCAUCGUGUUCGACAAGUUGGAAAUGGAGGGCCGCAAGGAAAGCUCGUCAACAAGGGUGGUCUCGACGUUUACUAUAUCCCAAGUGGCAAAGUUACGGCGUUCAAGAAGGGCUUCCGUAUGCUUGCUGGCUCUGCCACGAACACUGCCGACAGCAAGGUCUCAAAGGGCAAUAUUUGCCAUCGAUGCUGGACAUCGACUAACGAGGACAAUUUCGUUGGUUCAGCGCCUUGCUCUGGCAGCGACACUGUUGCUAUUCCCAUGGAUCCCAAGUGCAAGAUGAUCCGACAAACCAUCAUCUUCCCAACAUGCUGGGAUGGCAAGAAUCUCGACUCCCCAGACCACGCAAGCCACGUAGCCUACGGUCAAGGAUCCGGAGCAACUGGCGGCGGCGCUUGCCCGUCAACGCAUCCCACCAAGCUUCCCCAGGUCAUGUACGAGCUCAUGUGGAACGUCACUGAAUUCUCGGACAAGAGCAUGUGGCCCACGGAUGGCAGCAACCCAUUCGUCUACAGCAUGAACCUCGGUGGUGCUGCCGCACACGGUGACUACGUCUUUGGCUGGAAGGACAACUCUCUUCAGCUCGCCAUGGACAACAAUUGUAACCUCAACAAGGACUGCCCAAAGGCUGGACUACACGCCCAGACAGAUGCCCAGUACAGCGCAUGCAACAAGAAGCAGCAAGCCGUCGAGGACGUCGAAGGAUGGCUGAAGGAACUUCCCAUGGGCGACAAGGCCAUCAAAGCCUAAAGGCGCGCACCUUUGCAGUCAUGUAAUGGCCUCCGGCUUUUCCUUCCUCGGUACUCGUCCUCCGUCCCCAUAUUCCCGUUGACUAAUCUACUCUCCUCAAUCUGGAUCAACUCGGGAGUACCAAACACGAACGCAGGGGCUUUUUCUGCAGGUCAGCUGUCUGUCGGUUAUCGCUCUGUCGGUCUGUGCGGGUGUGGGGAAGGUCUAUAGGAGGAGCCAGCGUGUGCCACUUGCGGCGGUGUAGCCCUUUUUCUUCACACUCGUUCAUCCAAUUCACGUCCUAACCACUGCAUCCUGUACUUUUCCAAAGCGCACGCUUCUUCGUUAUAUUUCUUCCAGAUUGGAUGUCGCUAGAUAGUCUUGUUAUUGAAUUCUC